AUGCAAGGAACACCACGGUUGGAGAAGACAGACGGCAGCUUCCCACCCCUGCAGCUCCUUCUGCUCCCCAACCGAGACAAGGACAACUUUAUGUCCCUCCUGCCUGACUCGGUCUGUCUCUCCGCCCUCUCCAUUCCUGGUACUCACGAGACCUUCGCUCGCUAUGGCUGGCCAAUUGCACAAUGUCAAGAGGUCACCUCGACCAUCCGUGCCCAACUUGAAGACGGGAUCCGCUUCAUGGACUUUCGCGUCACACCCAAGGGGCGCAAGGGCAAGGAGAGACUACUAGCGUACCAUGGCCUGACGGCGGAGAGGAUUGAGCUCGGCGCUGCUCUUCAGCAGGUGUACGACUUUCUCAAAGACGAGCGUAGCAGGAGAGAGACGGUCAUCAUUUCCAUCAAGCAGGAGAAGGGAGAUCGGCAAUUGAUGAAGAGACUGCUCUUCGACCUCUACGUGCGACCCAAUGAGGACAAGUGGUUCCUCAGUCCAAAGAUCCCCACGCUGGGAGAAGCAAGGGGAAAAAUCGUCAUGUUCUCCCGCUUUGGGGAAUCCAACGAAGACAGAGUGGGUGGGAUUCACCCUCCCAUCUGGCCCAACAACGAAAAAGGCGUAUGGGAGUACACCUUGCCUCUUUCGGGUCAAAAGGUCAAGACGCAGGACUGGUUCAACAUUGGCUCCUCCUCCAAUAUACCCGUCAAAUUCGACCUGGCGAGUCAGCUGCUCGAUGAAGCAGGCGCAGAUCCAGACGUUUUCGCCCUGGACUUCAUUAGCGGUGCUACUUUCCCUCGGGCUACGCCUCCCGUCGUGGCCAAGGGCUGGUGGGAGACGGGACCCAAGUGCAUCGGCAUCGAGGGCAUGAAUCGACGCAUGGUAGAUCUGAUCGCAGGGAAGCUGAUGCAGACCAGCGGCGAAAGCGAAAAGGAGCAUGUGCAAGGAGCUCGAAGGACUGCAGCUCAACCUGGUCUGCAGGCAUGCUACGCCAUUGACUUUUAUGGCUACGAGAAUGCCGCUUCGCUCAUACCUCUACUGAUCGAAGCUAACUUCACCGAGGAGAUGGUUGCGGCACGGAGGGCCGAAGACAAGGCGAUCGAGUGUGUUUGA